GAUGAGGUGGUAGUGAGAUGGAAGAGAGAAAGAGAGACGGAGACGAAAUCGUUGUCACCUCUAGAUGUAAAUACCAAACACGUUAUACCUUGACUAGAACCUUAUCUAGAUAGUACCUUGGUUGUUGGUGAUUGGUCAGGACGUGUCACAUGACCAUUGCUACCACAACGACAAUCUGUUUGUGUCUUUCUUUCUUGAUAAUGGUGUCAACUCCGACUCAGAUUGAAAUAAAUUUUUGGACGUGGUGACACCGGAUUCUUGUGCGAUGCAGGCGGUUGAAUACUAUGAGCGAGCACCAGCCAUCUAUGGAGCCGAGUACUUUGGGAGCCAAAAUGCAUCGGCUAAUGGCUACGCCUAUGGUAGCAGCGCUGGCCACCACCAUCAUCAGCAGUACUUUUACCAUGACCAGGGACAGGGGGCCGUCAACGCUGGCGGUGGUGGCUACCAUGGAAUAGACCCACGGGAAGCAGCAGAAGCAGGAGGACUUUAUGGGUCGGGUGAAAGCCCCGACCGGGCAAGUUCCGGCGGGGCAGGUGGUGGUAGUGGUGGCGGAUGUGGAGGGAACUCAUGUUCUGAGCAAGAUGUAUGUGCAGGGAUGGUGAAUUGUAGAACAGGUGCUGUCAAUGGACAAGUCCCGAAGACUAUCUACCCUUGGAUGGUGGAAUCGAGGCAAAAUACUAGACAAAAGAAGCAACCAGAAUGUGUAAUCGAGGAUAAAAAGAAACCUUUACCCUCGGUAGCGCCCAGUGAGAGUCCGCCUAUCAUCCCAAAUGAUAUCCACAGUGGAGGACAUGGUGGUGGAAGUGGAGCAGGUGGAGCACCAGGAGGGGGAGGAGGGGAAGGAGUAAUCGGAGCCGGACAUGGAGCACAAGGUAGCGCGAUGAGCCCAAACCUGAAUAACCAUGCCAACGGAAUCAGUCAAAGAGAAAGCGGGAGCUCUGGGUCGAUGAACGGGGGAAGUAGUGGCGGAAACGGAGGUAGCAGUCCGAAGCGAAAUCGAACGGCUUUUACCAGCGCACAGUUAGUCGAGCUGGAAAAGGAAUUUCAUUUCAACCGGUACUUGUGUCGCCCACGGAGAGUCGAAAUGGCAAAAUCUUUGAAUCUCACAGAGAGACAAAUUAAGAUUUGGUUUCAGAAUCGAAGGAUGAAAUACAAAAGAGAUAUGAAAGAAACAGAGCGAGCUGAACGAGGUAUCAAAGUUUCAGACUCAGUGCUAGCUCGCCAAGCCGAGAGAGCUGGACAUGUCAGCGGCGAGCCGUUUCUCUUCGGUUUCCACCCGGGUAGCUCACAUCACUCAGAAAGAACAUUUCGCGGGGCGCCUGCCUAUUGUCAAUUUUCAUACUCUUGUACACAAGAACAAUCGCUUGAAGCGACUCCGCAUCUAACACACUUGUGAAACUCAGUAUGUCAUAUUUGAUGAUGUAAAUAUUGACACACAAAACGUUUUAUUGUGGUUCAGGAACUACGGAUGUGAUUCGAGAUGACGUUUUCAACCUGCAACUGAAUGACUAUGCAUAACACUGUGACAAUAUUAAACAUUUAGUAUUUAUAGUCUUAUGAAUAUUUCACAGAGCGGGAGAGUAUGUAGGACGUUUUGUUGUUGAAAAUUUCAUUGUAAAAAAAAUAAUGUACUGUAUAAAAUAUUAAGAUAGUGUUAAGAAUAUACGAUAACACAAAUAAUGAGUAUGAACUCUUUCUUUAUAACAACCAAUAAAAUUCUUGCCACAUUGUCGAUGACAAAAGUAAGGCGAGUGUGCCAUGCCAUGGAAUAGAUGAGUAAUGGCAAAAAAUUCUGAUUAAAAUCUAUACAUUGCUUACAAUAAAUAUGUGCAAUGUCACACUUUACAUACCUUCCAGCACCUUUUGUAAGUCUUGAUUAAUAUGAAUGAAAUCCAUUAACUUAUGGUACAUACAAGUUGAAUUCGUGCAUAGUUUAACCUCUGCCAUUUGAAUAUUGAUCUGCUGAAACUCUUGUUGAAUUUAUGACGAAUUUUGCUAGAUUUGUGAUGAAUAGAUUGAAUAAUAUCAUUCAAAAACUCACAUUGAUAGAUAUCACAAAUCCUAUAUAACAUUGCUGACCUUACCCCCCCCCCCACACACACACACAAUAAUAUUAAAAAUAGAAAAUACUGAUAUGUUAAAAAGGAGAUACUGCAUUGAAAAUAAAAAUGAUGUCAUACCACAUAUUUAUGAUCAAACUGAUAAUCAGACAGUAAAGUUGAAGCCCUUCAUGACAUGAAUUAUUUCUCCGCCGGUAUACCACGAUCUUAUUCAGUGCAUAGUGUUUAAUACGUAAGUAAGGACAUGCCAUUCGCCAUUGUGUUGAAGGUUUCACUGUCAAAUAUUUUUGAGAUAUAUUUGAAUAUAUGAAAUAAUGCAGCCAAACAUUUAGAAUGAAUAAAAAGUUCUUAAAAAAGAUACGACCAGAACACUUCAUUUGAAAAUUAGUACUCUGAACAUGUUGAAGCUAUACUUUGAUGCUACAAUAACAAAGCUAAGACGUCUAUAUUGUAUGGAGAGGGCCAUUGUGUACUUUAUUACGUAUUUCAGUAUUUGCACAUACUUUAUUCGACUUCAAAUUAAAUAGUAAAUUUCCAAAGGGCCAGCUCAGCGUUAAAACGCUCAAUAUUGGAACACGACACUAUGUCCAGAUCUACUGUAGAUUACGUAAUAAUUCACAGAGUGACGUACAGGGCUAAAUUGAUGAAGUAAAACGAUUAUGAAUGAAGAAGAUCAUCUUUUGAAAGGAAAAUAUAAAAACAAAAUUCAGAACAUUAUGCAGUUGCUGGAACUACCCGGCUGGUAGCACAUGCGUGGUAUUUCAAAUACAUAUUGUAUCACGUAUGGGGGUAUCCGAUGUAUUAAUUGCUGAAUUCAAACUUGUUAAAUCUAUCACAGUACUCUGAAAUAUAUAUAAAAAUAUGAUUGACAUGAGAUGAAAAGGUGAACAUUAGUUGUCAUUGUAAAAGAAAUGUAACAGUCAUCUUGUAACUGAGUUUGAGAAAUGAAAUAAAAUGAAUAAAUAUAAAUGAGAAAUACUGUUUA